UAUUGGUUUCUUGCCUUCCCACCUGCCUCGUUUCAUUCCAUCAGUCUUCCUUUGUCAUCCUUGUUGCCUUUUCAUUCUUUUCUUCCUUGUUGUCCUGAUUUAUGCUUUCAUUUUUCUUUCCUUGAGUACAUAAUUCCCAUUCCUCCUCCCUUCCUUGUGACCUGACGUUUUUGCUUUCACGUUGCACAUUUUGUCCGUGUUGGUUUUCCUCCUUUCUGUCUCGACUGCUUUCUACACUUCUGUGCCAUCUUCCCUUGUUUCCUUCCAUUUUACCUUCCUUUCCUGCAGUGUUCCUUUUUUCCUUUGUUGCCCUUUCUCCUUCCUCCCCCCCCCCCCCCCUGUUUUCUUCAUUGUUGGUCUGCUUCCUUCCUCUGUUUAUGUCCUUUGUAUGUAAAUAAAAAUGUUGAAUUCCGUCCUCUCCAGUCUGCCCGUCCUUCCCUGGGUCAUGUGUCCCGACCCGAUGGUACUCCUGCCGGCGAGCGUGGUGCUCGGUCAGGGGGCCAGAGGCAAGCCCGUCGAAAGGGGCCAGAGUGCUCCUCGCAGGUCGGAGUUCAUCUUACUCCGCACGUUCACCUCCUCACCGGCAUCGCCUCGUUAGCAAUGCCGCUGCCGCGCUGGCGUGGAAUUGCCGCUGGAGGGAAGGAACAAGCAGAAAGUGGAGGAAGUCAACAACACAGACGCGAGAACUUUUCCACUUUCUCUGAGCGAGAUGUUCCGUCGGGGUCGGCGCUCCCUACGUCUUGACUGACACGGUGCGGAGGCUGGGAGCCGGCCGCCGUGUCCUCGGCACCCACGGAUGCAAAACUUCACUUCUGUGUAAAGCCGUGACAGCCGACAUGCACAUUCUCACUCCUGAGACUGCGCCACUGGACAAAAAAACAGGGCCUCACAUUGUACUUUUGGCAAAAGUGACAACCAGUUCAAGGCAUGGACAGAUAGCGCGCGACAAAAGGUAGAAAGAGCAGGUGGAGUGAAACAGAGGAAGCGAGCACACGUUCCGGCUCAAAGGAGCGAGAGGAAGAAGUGUCACCUCCCGCAUCGCUUCUUUGCUGAAGCGCGUCCGACGGCGAAGUGCGUCAUCCCAGCUCUCCGGCGGGGUCUCGAUCGUGCGGCGUCCCGAGCACCUGAAGCGGUUUGUCUGGUUCUGCAGAAGAUGAGGAGGACGAGCGAGAAGGAGAAGGUCUGAACUCGUUUGCCAUCUGCACUCUGCGCUCGAGCUGGUCCAGCCAGGUACGCCGCUCCCGGUCCUCGUCGUCCUCAUCGUCGUCUUCACUUUCAUGCGCUGAUGUCAUUUCCUGUCCAGAUGGAGGUGAAUGCGGUAGACAAACGCCAUCGAACGAGAUCCAAAGGAACGCGAGCCAUCGUGGAGGCCGUGACGCAGGAACUAUUCAGCUGUCCAACGGCAGGCUGCGACGGUUCGGGUCACGUCAGCGGCAAGUACGCCAGACACCGCAGCGUGUACGGAUGCCCACUGGCUAAGAAGAGGAAGGCUCUGGAAAAACAACCGCUGGAGCCACCCAGCAAGAGGAGACCAUUUAUCGACUCCUGCCUGGGUGAGGAGGACGAGGAGGGGGACGAGUUGGAAGACGAGUUAGAGGACGAAGAUGCCAACUACCACGAUGAAGGAUUAGAGGGGACGGAGCAAGGAGAAGUCAUGGAGGAAGAAGAACAUGAGGAUGGAGGUGAGAGGGGUGAGGAGGAGGAAGAGGAGUUCUCUGAUGAAAAUGAGGAGGAGGAGGAAGAGCAACCCGAGGAGGACGCCACGGUGGCAACAGCGGACAACGUGAUGGAGGACGAGGAAGAGGAGAAGCGCAAUCAUCAGCAGGUUGACUACCAACCAAGUGGACAAUCAAAGCUUAUUCCACUCCAUAAGGACGACAACAACAACCAAAGUUGUACUGGUGGUCCUAGUCCUGGUUUUAGCCCUGGUCCAGGGCCUGGGCCCGGUGCCUGUGAUGAGUUUGAGAACUAUGAUGAGCUGGUGGCCAAGUCUCUGCUCAACCUGGGCAAGAUCGCUGAAGACGCGGCUUACCAGGCCCUGACUGAGUCAGAGAUGAACAGCAACUCGUCUAACAGCGGCGACGAGGACGACGAAGAUGAGAACGACGAAGACUGCAGCGAGCGUGGUGACAGGAAGGCCGACCUCAGCGUGGACCUAGACAGCGAUGUGGUCAGGGAGACGGUGGACUCGCUCAAACUCCUGGCGCAGGGCCACGGCGUCGUGCUGCCCGACGACGGCUACGUUGACGUCGGCCUCAACGGUCGCGCCGGCAUGGGAGGCGACGGCGGCGGCGGCCACGCUGAGGAGAGCGAGGAGGAAGUGUGUCUCAGUAGUCUGGAGUGUCUGAGGAAUCAGUGCUUCGAUCUGGCGCGCAAGCUCAGCGAGACACACCCGGCUGAUCGCCCCGCGCACCACCAUCAACUGCACAACCAUGCCGAUCAGCAGGGCGCGCUUCACCUCAACAGGUACGACAUCUGCCAGCCGGGAUGUCAAGAUGACUGCAGCCCUCCGGAUCGCACAUUCUCCGACAUGGUGAACCUGCUGAAGCUGGAGGAGCAGCUGAGCCCGGCAUCCCGAGGUUACCCGACCAGCUGUAGCCAGGAGGGUGACGAGGACACCACGUCUGUUGCCUCGGAGCGCUCCGACGACACCUUCGACAUGGCCAAGGGGAACCUGUCGCUGCUGGAGAAGGCCAUCGCGCUGGAGUCGGAGCGCGCCAAAGUCAUGAGGGACCGCCUGGUCUCGGAGCACAAGCACCCCAGACGAGACCACCACAACCAUCUUCACCACCACCAUCACCAACACCACCGCGGACACGGAGAGCACAGGCUGACCGGAGGCGAGGAGCGCAAGUCGAGGAUGCAUCACGACAGCCUUAAGAGGGCCUACAACCCCAAGGAAUCUUCGCGAGGGGAGAAGAAGGAGAGCAAGUGCCCGACGCCGGGCUGUGACGGCACGGGUCACGUGACCGGUCUGUACCCGCACCACCGCAGCCUGUCCGGGUGUCCUCACAAAGACCGCGUACCUCCGGAGAUCCUUGCCAUGUAUGAGAAUGUUUUAAAGUGCCCGACCCCCGGCUGCUCCGGACGGGGUCAUGUCAAUAGCAACAGGAACUCGCAUCGCAGCCUGUCGGGUUGUCCAAUCGCAGCGGCCGAGAAGAUGGCGAAGGUGCACGAGAAAAGUCACGUGAUUGACAGUGGCGGCAGCAAGUCCAAUCAGACAUCAGACCGGGUCCUCAGGCCCAUGUGCUUCGUGAAGCAGCUGGAGAUUCCGCAGUACGGAUACAAGAACAACGUUCCCACGAGCACGCCACGCUCCAACCUGGCCAAGGAGCUGGAGAAGUACUCCAAGACCAGUUACGACUACGGGGGCUACGAGGGUCAGCACGCUGGCUACGGCAGGAGGGGCCCGCUCGGCAAGUCCCACCACGGUCGGGAUACCUCCCCCAAGGCGUAUGAUGCAAAGCUUUACAUUAAAACGUCAAGCCCGGCCAGCAGUACGACCAGCAGCUACGCUCCGAGCAGCAGCAGCAGCAGCUUGAGUGGCGGCGUGGGCCCGGGCGGCGACGUAUGCGGCGACACGGGCGGCGGCUUGGUUCUGGCCGGCGAUGGUGGGCACGGGGCGGGCAGCAGCGCCAGCAGCACCUGCAGCAAGAGCAGCUUCGACUACACGCACGACAUGGAGGCGGCGCACAUGGCCGCCACCGCCAUCCUCAACCUGUCCACUAGGUGUCGCGAGCUCCCGCACGCUGUGGGCGGGAAAACGCAAGGCGUGAUGGCGCAGAGCGCGGCGGGCGACCCGGACGACGACGAGGGCGACGGUGAUGACGCGGGCGGGCAGCCCGGCGGGCCCGAGGGCAGCGAGACGGUGCUGACCCCCCUGCAGCCGAUGUCCCCGCAGCGCCAGGCCCUGCUCAACAGCCACCGAUACCAGCUGAGCCAGGCCGACUGCUGGGACCUCCCGCUGGACUACACCAAGGUCAAACGUGUGGACGAGCACCAACACAAGGAGGGUGACGAGCUGGAUGCCUUCCGCGAGCUGCUGGACGAGCAGCACUACCCGGCAGACGUAAGCGCUUCACCCAGCCCCAAGCACCACAAGUACUCGCCCUGCAAGGAGGCCAAGAAGGAGCUCCUAACGCUGUCGAGCUGUCAGCUGGACAAGAACCUGAGAGGAAUGAUGCCCUCCAAUACGCAAGAGCUCAGGUGUCCCACGCCCGGCUGUGACGGAUCGGGCCACAUCACCGGAAAUUACGCCUCCCACAGGAGUCUGUCCGGUUGUCCUCGAGCCAAAAAGGGCAGCAUCAAAAUCCUCCACAGCAAAGAAGAUAAGGACGAGCAGGAGCCCAUCAAGUGUCCGGUGCCAGGCUGUGACGGCCAAGGUCACGUUACCGGUAAGUAUGCCUCCCACCGCAGCGCGUCGGGCUGCCCCCUGGCUGCCAAACGACAGAAAGACAGCCACGUCAACGGGAGUCAAUUGGCCUGGAAGUCGAGCAAGACGGACGGCAUGACAUGUCCCACGCCGGGCUGCGAUGGCUCUGGCCACGUCAGUGGGAGCUUCUUGACCCACCGGAGUCUCUCCGGUUGUCCCCGGGCCACCUCGGCCAUGAAGAAGGCAAGGAUGAGCGGCGUGGAGAUGCUGACAAUCAAGCAGCGAGCCAGCAAAGGCAUUGAAAACGAUGAAGAGAUCAAACAGCUGGACGAAGAAAUAAAAGAUAUCAACGAGUCCAACAAUCAAGUGAAGUCCGAUAUGAUUAAACUGAGGACGCAAAUCACCACGAUGGAGAGCAGCCUGAGGUCGAUGGAGGAGGAGAACAAGGUGAUCGAGCAACAGAACGACUCGCUGCUGCAUGAGCUGGCCAACCUCAGCCAGUCGCUCAUCAACAGCCUGGCCAACAUCCAACUGCCGCACAUGGAGCCGAUGAACGAGCAGAACUUUGACACGUACGUGAACACUCUGACGGACAUGUACACCCACCAGGACCAGUACACAAGCCCGGAGAACAAGGCGCUUCUGGAGAACAUCCGACAGGCCGUCCAGGGCAUCCAAGUGUAGCGCCGCUGACGAUGCCAUCGCCACCACAAACAAAGGCAAACAAAGGUUGUUGUUAUUUUUGGGGAGUUUUAUUGCUGCUGCUGUAACCUUCUGUCGUUCUCCUCUCACAUUUACACGAUCACCACUUUAAUUUACGUAUUUAUUUUUAAUCACCUCACUUUGUUUGGAUCAAACGUUCAACUUUUGUACAUUUUCAUACAACCUGAUAAAAUGUGACGUACAGCUGCUAAUAAUGUAUUUAUUUAUCUAUUUAUUGAUUGGUUGUUGGGCAACGUGAAGCGCAAUCAAAACGAGAGACAAGAGUUCAAACAUCAUCACGCGGAAAUGCCAAGUGAACGAGUGUAGGAGACAAUCUGCCAUUGAUUGAUUGAUUUGAUUGAUUGGUCAAUAAGCCACAUUGAUGAGCUGGUGGGACAGCAAUAUUGGCAUGAUUUAUUCAGAUGCAAUCUAUAUUUAAAAAAAAAAAGUUUGGGUAUAUGCAAUUUCUUAUUAAUUCAACGAUCAUUGAUCAGCGAUUGAUGUUUUUACUGGUUUUGUAUCCACUUUUACUACAAUCACGUCGUAGGUGAACACACACACAGGGACGCCUUUUGUUUUCAUAUUUUGACGUUUUGCUUACCGUGUGUGUGUCUGGGUGUAGAUGGCGGGCGUGCGGAUGGGCAGCUGGACUUACAGGGUCACACACACCUCAUUGUACAUUUGCACUUGUCGUCCUCUCAGCAGAUUUUUUUUCUGACAUGCAUGCACUUUACCGGGGCUCGUGAUGAGCAAAAAAGAAAAAAUGGUGUGCGGUCCCGACUUGGGCAUUCCGAGAUUGAUAUGUGGAGGCAAAACGCACACAUUGGCUGCAGUCUGAAUUUGUCAUUCAUUCCCUCAUCGUGAAUCACUAUACAGUGGUGCCACGACAUUAUGAUUUUUUUUUUUCAGACUAGAGCACUCGUUGCCCCCCCCCCACCCCCCCCAAACCACACCACACUACACUUAACGGCAAAAACUGUGUGGUCGCAAUUAACUCCAUUCUACUCACGUUACAACAAGCAGCAAUUUGGCAGACUGAUCGAAAAACUCCCAAUUGAAGUUUAAAACUAAACAUAAAAAACAAAGCCAAUUUCACGUUGCGUAUUUAAAAUCCACAUUCAUUUUCCUACUGUUCGUUUAAUGCAAACAGAAUGUAACGCGCCAUAGAUAGGCUAAGGACUAGCAGUGAUAGUCGCGGUGAUAUAAUGCUCUAAGCCAGGGGUGGGCAAACAUAGAGUACCUUGAAACCAGUAACUAGUGCAUGCCUAUUCACAGGCAAAUGUUUGUUCUCCUCUGCAAAAUAUUAACAUUACUGCGAGUCCUUUAUAGAGCUCGUUUACGUGAUGUCAUCAUUUUCACGGCACCAUAUUGCCGGUCAAAAAGAGCUGCUCGACAGUGUGGGGGACAUUGAACCGGAGCAGAAUAUUCAAAAUGCCCGAGACUUGUUGUGCUGUUGGUUGUUACAACAGACAAGACAGAUAUUCAAAGAUGUCAUUCUGUAGAAUACCAGCUAAAAAGUCGAGAAAAGAUCGAUGGAUGGUGCCCAACCAAAUACUCAUGACUGUGUAACAAUCACUUCAUUUCAGGUAGGAAUUAUUCUUCUCAAUCUCAAAUUCCCAAGAAGUAUUUAUAAUCCCAAAUUAGCUCAUUUGAGAACAAUGCGUUUAAAAAAACAAAACAAAAAAAAGACAGGGAGUUGCGGCCACACGUUAAACUUUGGUAAACCUCUCCCCGACAGAAAAGAAAAGGAAAUUAAACCGUCUGUCACAGAGAGGUUAACAUGUGGCCGCAACACGCUUCCGUGUACGGGGGCUGAAGCCUAUCCCAGCGGUUUAUUUUCUUUUUUUAAAUACGCAUUGGACUCAUUUGAGAACAAUGCAUAUUUAAAGAAAAAAAACAUCUGUCACGGAGAGGUUUACCGAAGUUUAACGUGUGGCCGCAACACUCUUCCAUGUACGGGGGAGCCGACUCGCUGUCAUCUUUUUUUUCCCCAAUCAUAGUUAACGAAUGCGCGUUUGUGUAAAACCAUGGGUCACUUAUUUAAAUAUUGGUAUUUGUAUUGAAAAAAAUCAGAGUGGGUCCAUCACUAUGUGGGAUUUAUUCCUGAUUGAGAACAAAUCCAGCAACAAAGUAUUUGUAUGCGUCCAGACUUUUCUACGCUUUCAAACUCUUCCGUGUAAAUCUCGACGACUUACUCACCAGAUACACGUGUAGAUCCAGUUGUCCAAGACAAGCAGAAGUGGAUUAACAAUCCAGUUUAUCGGCCAAAACAUCGACUUCGGCAUUAAAUAUUGGUCCUCUAUGCCAAGUGUCUCUCAUUUUUCCACGUACCUUCAUUUAUUAUCACCUUCUAAAUGUUUAACAGUAUCGAACAAAACUCUGGCAGUCGUACUAUAAGACGUAUUUUUGCGUCGUCUCCAAUUGACUUAGCAUUGAAGAAUGGUUUGUUUGACCGACACUUCCGGGCAGUGACGUGAUUUGAUGACGUAGGUCCACGAGCUCUAUAGUAGUUGUAAAACUCUUCUACGUUUUUCUGCAGAACUGUAUUACACAACGGAACGAAUCAAUCAUGAUGCAUAAAAUAAUUCUUUACCUCCUAUUCAACAAUGCUAUGUUUUUAUACAGUAUGUCAUCAUAGAGUGCUACUUUCCUUAUUAUAAACAUGAAUAUUUUUGUUGAGCGUUAUGGGGAGGCUGGAAUGGAUUAAUGGCAUUUUCAUUCAUUUAAGUGGGGGAAGAGGAUUGUAGAUGCAUGUUUGCGUGGUCACGGGAUGACUUCAACCCGCGUUUCCAAGCACCACUGCAUAGUGAUUUUUAUAUGCUGAUUUUAGAUUUUAUAGUUGACUACCACUAAAAAUACCUUCGUAGUGAUUCAUGAGUAGUGAAUGAUGUAUGAAUCAUUCCUUACUCCCUAAUGACUAUAUACUCAUUUUUACAUACUGCAGUGAACUAUAGUUUAACAAUUAAUAGCAUAUUCCAUAAUCACUACAUAGGGAUUUUUAUAAAGUGGACAAAAAAAUGAUCCAUCAGCAAAAUUAAAAAAAAAAAAAAAUUUUAGAAUGCAACUUGGGCGCCUUUAACGACGUCAUCGCUGUCGGAUUAUUACAACGUACUGGAUCAACGUCAGCUGGUGGAUAUUCCAUGACGAAUAUUAAAGGAAUCAAUAAAUGAUGAGAACAUUGAUUGAAACCGAAGGUAUCUUACAACAUCAAUAGAAACAAAGCACUUUAUGUCCAUGCGUGUUGUGAUGUGCUCGUUGAGAGGUUUUCGCACCACAACUUCUGAAUUUGUCACGUGCCAAAAAUCAAACAAUACCACGGAAGAUUAUUUUUCUGUCUAGUGAACACCACAUAGUGAAUACUUGGGUGCGAACUUCCUGUACAGCUUUUGUUCACCUUCUUUGCAUUGAAUUUUUUUUUUUUUUUUGUCAAAGAAAUAAUGUGAAAUGAUCAACAAAAGGCCCACUAAACAUUUUUCAAGUGAACAGCAAAUGUACCCUUUUAUAACAAUCAGCACCUCAUUUUUAAUAUCCUUUUUGUGUGUAUUUUGCAUUAUUACGUGAUUUCGCAGGCGUGGCGAGCCUUUCCGAGAACAGUGUUGGAAUUAUUUGAUUGUGAAAAGACGAGUCCUGUUUCUUCAGUGUCGAAUAAUGAAACUAUGGACUUGCGGUGACUGCUGCCAACCUCCGGUGUCAUCUUGUGAAAUAUGGAUUGUGAUUAUGGCCGAAUCGGGAAUGGAAAGCCAUUUGAGCAAGCAUUUCAUAUCCACUUUAAGCUCAAUGCACGAGUGUGCUCUUUGUCCUCACUUGUAACACAAUGCAGCGCACUUGUAUAACGACUGUCUUACUAGUAAUCCUUUUCUCUACAACUCGUACUACUGACCAGUUAACUACCAGCUCCAACUGAAAUUCCCAGGUGAACAGGUGAUAAUUACUUGAUCGGCCCCAAUUUCCGAUCAUGUUAUCGUGAUUGGGACGACUCUAGUUUUAAAUUUGACUGCACAAUCAAUUGAAAAUCAAAAAUUGGUGAUAAACGUACCUGUUGAGCAGAAAAGUUGCUAAUUCUGUGUUGCUCCUGGUUGAACUUCCUUUGCUAAACUUGCAUUGGGUGUUUUUUUUUCUCUUCCAAAUUGUUUCACUAAAGCACCUAGUAUGACACCCAGUACAUACCGUAAUUUCCCGCUUACAGAGCGCACCUGGUUAUAAGCCUCGCCCAGUACAUUUGUAAAGGAAAUACCAUUUGGUACAUACAUAAGCCGCACCUGUGUAAAAUCCGCAAGUGCCCACUUUGAAACACGAGAUAUUUACAAAGAAAACGGUACACAGAGUUUUCAAAGUUUUAAUACCUUAGCUUAACAUAGCAACAACACGCUAGCACAAAUAGGCCUGGUAAAAAAACAAAAACAGGGGCGGCAGCUACACAGUAGCAACGCGGUAGCACAGCACUUACAGGGCCGGUUAAAAAAAAAAAACAUACCUAAAUCACUCAGACACGGCAGUAACACAGUUGCAAUCCGCUAGCGGCGCUCACGCUAGCCUGGCGCUAACAGGGCCUGUUUAAAAAAGAAAAACAUACCAGUAAAAAUCACUGAGACACAGCAGCAACACGCUUGCACAACGCUAACGGUUGCGCAGCGCUAACUUCUUCUAUUUUUCCUUUCGGCUUGUCCCGUUAGGGGUCGCCACAGCGUGUCAUCUCAGAUGAACGCACAUUUGUUUGGCACAAUUUUACACUGGAUGCCCCUCCUGACGCAACCCCUCUGCAUUUAACGGGGAGAGAAGCUUACAGGACCUGAUAUUCCCAAGCGGUCUCCCACGGUAAAAGUCACUUCCUCGGCACUUAUAUUCCACCGGUCUCUUACUUUUUCCGCUCGAGUGCUCCCUUGCGGCCGUUAGAAAAAAGUGCACAAAUGAGCCACGUCACCGCAUAAGCCACAGGGUUGAAAGCGUGUGGGGAAAAAAAAUCACAGCUUCUAGGCCAGAAAUUACGGUAGUUGUCAUCCUGGUGUGCAGAAAUCAUCAAAUCAAGUCGUACAGUUGUGAGGGGAAAAAACGUUACUUGUAAGAGACGGGGAACCAUAAAGUGGCUCGAGAGAAUCAGAUAAAUGCUCAGGCGGCUUGUCACUCUCGAGGGUCUGAUAAUCAGCAUUGAAGAGGACACAAAGCAGCAAACUGGAAAAAGAAGAUGGAUAUUUUUUUUUCCCCCUUCAAGUUGGGAUGUUAAAGCUCGACUUGAGCGACGUCGAGGCUUUCGCCUUCCUGCCGACGAGCUCCAGCUUGUGUUGACUUUUUCUUCGGGCAGCAAGAAGUUCUCCAAAUGAAUCCCAGAGGAGGAGACGAAAGCACAAUUCACAGACAAGACGCUGGACUAGAUGUUGAUCACAUGUACAAACUACUGACCAUGAAGAAAUGCAUAUGAAUAUUUGUGAAAUGCUCAUUUUCUUUUUGUAGGAGUGCAUUCAAAGACUUAUUUUUUUUUUUAUGCAUUGCUCCUUUUUUUUGUUCCUUUUGUCACUUGGAAGCACCUGGUGACUUUUCUUAGCGCAUGGCAUGAGUUCUUAUCUUUUCGGCUGCGUCUUGAGAUGAUGCGUUGCUAUAGAUGCUACUUUCAUUUUAAUUGUGUCUAUUAUUAUUAUUUUUUUUUAAUCCGGAUGGUG